GAAUCCUCAGUAUUUUUUUUGGCCAGUUUUACUAUUUUUUGCGAUUCCUCUUCCUCUGAAAACCGAAAGAGAAAGUUUUUGUCAAUGUUGCCGAGUUGCUGACAAAUCAAUUGCUACAGUGGUGCGUACUGUUUUAUUGUUUCGGCAGUAAAGUCUGACUCAGGACGGACCACUGAUAAGGAAAAUGGUGAUAAUGAACAGCGUCAAUAUUUAACAGUUCCUAAGCUCAAUCGGAUUUGGUAGGCUGUAGUAGCAGAGUGCGUCCAUUCGGUUUCCUUUCAGUUCUAUUGCAUUGUUCUGUGUCACCCUUGAAUGGUCGACGGUGUUGUUUUUGAUUAAAUUGCGUUUCUGUGUUGAGGACAAUGGUGGAUCUCUCGGUUCACGCGGAAGAGGACGGUAAACGAAUGGGACGUGGAUUAUCCGGUGUCGAUAAGUACGAAUUAGAAUGGCGAAACAUACUGACUAUUGCCAACGACGAGACUCUCUACGAUCUACGGCACGCCGGAGUGCGAGGUGAUCUUCGCGCAUCUCCCUUCCGUAGCAUAUGUUGGGCCGUGUUUCUUGGAGUGCUUCAGCCUCCGUCGAAAGAAUGGACCAGUCAACGGGCAGCCAGCAGACGAGAAUACUCCGAGCUAAAGAACAAGUACAUGCUAAAUCCUCACGUCAACUCGGACGGAGGAGAUGACCCGUUGUCGCAGUCGAAGGAAAGCCUCUGGAAUCAACACUUCUGCGACCAGGAACUGUGUUCCGUCAUCAAGCAGGAUGUGGUGCGAACCUUUCCCGGGGUUGACUUCUUCCGGAAAGUGCAUGUACAGGAGAUAAUGAUUAACAUUCUGUUCUGCUACGCGCGCAAGUAUCCGGCCAUGUGCUACCGGCAAGGAAUGCACGAAAUUCUGGCUCCGUUGAUAUUUGUCAUACACAGCGACCAGCAAGCGUUGGCACACAUUCAGGAACUGCAUCCGGAUGUUGACCAACACUUGGUGACAGUUCUCGAUGCAGAACACGUGGAAAAGGAUUCCUUUGCAAUAUUCUCCAAAAUCAUGGAUCGAAUCGCGUCCUUCUACCGCAUUGCGGAUAUGGUCCCAACGGCAACCGGAUACUUUCCGGUAGCGACACCUGUCUCUCCGUCAAGCCCUGAUACGAGGGCGUCCGGUCCCAAACGAAAGCCGGAAAUCGAAGUGGUCGAGCAGUUAAAUCACAUCAAAGAGAAAAUACUCAUCAAAGAAGAUCUUCAUCUAAAUAAUCAUCUGCUGAAAUUAGACAUUCCAUUGGCACUUUUCGGCAUCCGAUGGCUCCGAUUGCUGUUCGGAAGAGAGUUUGCACUGCAAGACUUGCUACUGCUCUGGGAUGCCAUCUUUGGCGAAGGCGAGGAUCUUAGUUUGAUCAACUUUGUCGUCGUUGCAAUGUUAAUUAGGAUUAGAGAUAAGUUGAUCUAUAGCGACUAUACGACUUGCCUGACGUACUUAAUGCGCUACCCGACGAACGCAGAUGUGUCGCUAAUUAUUCGGCAUGCUCUGCAUAUGAAAUCACCGAAGAUUUACGAACGUCCACCGGGCGCGAUGAUCUAUGUUUCAUCUCCGAAGCAACCUCUUCAGCAACCUGUGAUGCGUUCAAAGAACAUAGAAAUGGAGUAUUUAAAAUAUUCGACGUUGCCGAACGUGCAGAAAAAACAGUUAGCAUCCGAUCGUCCGGGCAGUAGUCGCAUGGACGACCGAGUGCGUACAACUUCGCUACCUCGUAAUACUGGGUCCGGCUCGCUGAGAAAAUCGACGGCCGUUGAGUUGAGGGAAAGGGCUACAAUUGCCGCUAAACAGGCGGCAGCUGCGUCCAACCAAAAUGAAAUUCUGAAAAAUUCCAACGUUAGUGAUGGUUAUUUAGAAGAUGACCCAGAACUUUUAAAAAUUGAACUGCAAGAAGCUUACAACAUAAUGUCCGUAAGUCGGGCGAAACUUUUACAAUACCUACAAGUGCUUCGACGGCAUACUCGGCCCGGUAACCCAACGGGUGAAGUUCAGCAAUCUCUGGAAGGAAUUGAAGAGAUAUGUUCGCUUCUGAAACCUCGUUACGAUACAGUAUUCCGAUCACCAGCUCCCAUUGAUGCAGCUAUGGAAGCUAACGAAGACCACUCCCAUCAUAGUCGUUCGGCGACGGUGCCACUAGCUGUUCAACGGAUUCAAACACCUCCGGUUAGCCUUAACUUGCAACGGUCGUACAAUUACGAUCUGGACUGCCGACGGAACAGUGCAGCCAGCGUAUCGCAGUACGAGAUCCCGGAGGAUCGAUACAGUGGUAUAGUGACGAAAAAACUGGCCAACCGGAAGGAGGUUGAAAUGCACGUGUUUCAGCAGGAUUUCACCGAUCGUACCCGGCGGAUAGAUGAUAAGGAGUUCCCCAUUGCAAAUCCACUGAGAACGGGACGAAGAAGCUCGGAAUGAUGGUUGCUGAUAGAAAAUAUCCACAUUCGGCCUAUUCAGAUGACACACAUUCACAUGUACGCUGAAUGACGAACUAGUUUGCCUACACGAGUAUUAUUGUUAACAUUUUAGGUCGACAUCAUCGAUUCGAAGGAGAUUUCCCUUAACGAAUACAAUAAUUUAUACACAUUGAAUAGUAACACAUGCUCUUUGCUAUGCAAUAUCUCCUAUUUAAUCGCGAACAAUU